AACUAGAAACCGCCACGUGUCCACAAACCUGGCAACUUCACCAUCCCCAAACUCCAAAGCAUUCCUCUCUCUCUCUCUCCACAGGUCCUCUCUCUCGUCAUUUCAUCACCAAAAUCCAUCUAAUUUGAUCCCUUUUUCCCAUACACAUAUUUGCAUGAAUUAGGGAUUAUAAUUAUAUAUAUCGCCGGACAACUACUCCGCCACUCAGUCAGUUUUUUUUCGUUGUCCGUUUUUUUUUUGAGAGAGAGCGCACUAUUUUAUUAUUUUACAUUAUUAGUUUUUGAUCGAAGGAGGGUUACGAGAGAUCCACAAGGUUUGGGGGAUUUUCUGGGGUUUUCAUGAAUUUUGGGUUUUGAGAAAAAAAAUUCAGGGCUCCUGUGUUGUUGGAAUCCCCUGUUAUCAGGUAAUCUGAUGUUUGUGUAUUUUCGAUUUCAUGCGUAUCCGAAUCUGGAUUUGUUAGGUUUGAUUGGAAAGCUCAAUUAUUUGGCUGAAAAGUUUGUUAUGCUGGGAUGAAUCGGUGUGAAAGUGCGGAUUUUGGUUUUGCUUGUGGCUAUUGAAUUUUCAAAUGGUUUAAAUCUUUUCGCAACUCAUUUACUGUUAAAAUUUGGCCUUUUUUGAUAAAUUAUUGUUACAAACGAUCUGGAUGUUUAAUGCAUGAAUUGUGGACCUUAAACGAAGGCUUUAGGAUUGGGAUGAUUGGGAUUGGAAUUGGGAUUGGGAGCGAAGGAGUGUUUUGACACACACAUGGGUGAAUUCAAUGUGUAUAAUUGAAGAGGUGAAGAAUCUGAUCGAAGUAAAAUUUGAGACUAUCAACAAGUGCCAGCCUUCUCCUUGAUGGAUAGCCUUAAAAUGGCCUCGGCAAGCAUCCCGAGCGCUGAGGAAAGUCAGCGUGUUAAAUUCUUAUGUAGUUUCAGUGGUAGUAUACUGCCUCGCCCCCAAGAUGGGAAGCUUAGAUAUGUUGGAGGUGAGACACGGAUUGUGAGUGUUCCGCGUGAUAUAACUUAUGAAGACCUCAUGGGGAAGAUGAGAGAGCUCUACGAAGGUGUAACUGUUCUGAAAUACCAGCAGCCAGAUGAGGAUCUUGAUGCUCUUGUAUCUGUUGUAAACGAUGAUGAUGUCACUAAUAUGAUGGAGGAGUACGAUAAGUUGGGAUCCGCCGAUGGGUUUACUAAGCUGAGGAUAUUUUUGUUAGCUAAUCCUGAUCAAGAUGGUUCUUUGCAUUUUGGAGAUGGAGAUGAAAGGGACAACGAGAGGAGGUAUGUGGACGCGUUAAAUAGCCUUAAUGAGUCUCCUGACAGGAAGCCACUUGGUGAGUCGUUGCUAGUUGGAUCAUUAGAUGACGUCCAAGCUGCUGAGCAAUACUUUACCCAGAUGAAUCUAGAGGGCAGCGUCCACGGCCAGAGAAACAUGGAAUUGCCGAUGGCUCAGAUGAAUCUGCGGCAUCUGACAAUUCCUCAUCUAGGCUCAGGGCAACUCCAGCAAGCAGUUAAUCAAAGGUAUAAUGAAAUGGAGGCUCCAUGGAGUCCUGCGUACUACUCUCCUCGACAACCUGUAGAUCAGAGACCAGUUACUGAAAUUCCUACUUCACCUUCAUCAACUCGCUAUCGAACACCAUAUGGGGAAUUUGAUAGAGUACCUGAGGAUUAUAACCGACCUCCAAUCAGUAAUCAUUCUAUUUACGAGCAACAGCCACAAUAUGCAGACAAUGUGGUGCUGAUUCCACCUGGCUCUGUGGGCAAUAUGCUCCAAGGGUCCAAUGUCUAUGACGGAAACAGUGUUUGUGACCAUAGCCGGGUGCCAUUUCAAAGAAAUCAAAUUUAUCAUGAUUCUUCUUGGAAGCCUGGUGAGCAGGCGCAUCUAGAGCCACCAAAGGUGGGAAAUGGAUAUCUUCAGGUCCCUAAUUCUUGUUCUGAGUGCCCUCGACACCGAGACAUAUACAUGUUGAAUUCGGAUGGAAACCUGAACCCUCCAUACUACAGUAGGGAUCCUAAGGAUCCCCGAUCAAUGUAUUCUGAAACCCAUGGUCAUGAAAGAGGAUGGAUUUCACCGCAUCUGUCAAAUCCUUGGACUGAGGAACUGAGACCACAGCAAUCUUUAUCUGUGUCAGGAAGGUUAGCUGAUAGUUAUAUUGUGGACAAUGGGAUGAAUGUUCCACUCGGGCAUGGUAAUGUAUGUGAUGGACACCAUGUGCAAUCACACUACAUCCAUCAUGAUGAUCAACGCCAUGCUCGCCCUGGAGUUGACUAUGGCAGUCAAGGAUUUCCGGAUCCAUCAGCAGCAACUGGAUCACAACUUCAUUUGCAGUCUUCAGAGGAGCGUGGUGUUCGCUUCGGGAAUGCUCCCUAUACAUAUGGAGCUGAUAAUGUAUACCAGGUUCCUCAUGGCCAUAUUCCUUCACAACCUGUGUGGAGAAAUGUUCAUAGCCCAUUGCAGGGCAGUCCCGCCUAUGAAACACCUUCUGCUCAGCUAGUUAAUGGCUCUGUUCCCAUGGGCUUCAUUCGUGGUGCUAUGGAGGCAAUUCCCAGGGUGAGAACUGGUUUAGAGAAUCAGAGUCCCUGGGUGGAGUCAUCGCAGAAAGUUGUGGGCUAUGAUGGUUCUCCCAUGUCAGACAUUCCUCAUGUCCGGCCUGUGAAAUUUCCUCCUAACGCCUACACUUUGGAGAAUCACCGUCCAUCUAAUAUGGAACCUGUCCAAUCAGCACCUGCGUUGGCUACACUAGUCACUUCUAAAGAUCCAUUUACAAAGUCUGAUCCGGUCUUACUAGUUGAUGAUGCAUCAGUGACUAUGAAAGUUUCUGCUUCUGGGAUAGAUCUCUGGAGUGGCUGUGAAACUAAUAAACCAGCUGUCACUAAUGAGAAUGGUGCAUAUGAUGGGAGCAAAGAGAAAACUAAUGGAGCAAUGGCCAAAGAUUCUUGUGUUCGUGCAUCCAUUGAGAGGAAGUCAGAUGCUUUAGCAUCAUCCGCUGUCAUAAGUUCUGAUGUUCCGAAAUUUGCUAUUGAAAAUGGUGAUGCUAUAAAUGGCGAUGAAACUAAAGCUGGUGCUCCCGAGCAGCAAGAUGACAGAUUAGAAUUCUUGCCCGAGUUGAUUGCAUCUAUGAAGGAGGCAGCUUUACAGAGUUUGAAGGAGGUGAAAGCUAAAGUUCAAGAAGACUCUGAUUUGGGCAGUGCGCAUGAUGUUGAUACAAAGGAUGAUACUCAAAGCCACAAAGAUGGAGUGGAUGGCAACAUGGAGUUGGAGGUAGAUUCUGAAAAUGACAAUUUAGACCACUCCAAGAUAGAGUUGACAAAAGCUGAGGCAGAAGCACUUGAUCGAGGAUUGCAGACAAUAAGAAAUGAAGAUCUGGAGGAAAUUCGGGAAUUAGGUUCUGGAACUUAUGGUGCUGUAUAUCAUGGGAAGUGGAAAGGAUCAGAUGUAGCUAUAAAAAGAAUAAAAGCCAGCUGCUUUACUGGAAGACCAUCUGAAAGGGAACGUCUGAUUGCUGAUUUCUGGAAGGAAGCUCUGAUACUAAGUUCAUUGCACCAUCCAAAUGUUGUAUCUUUCUAUGGGGUGGUUCGUGAUGGCCCUGAUGGAUCUUUAGCAACUGUAACAGAGUUCAUGGUUAAUGGAUCUUUGAAACAAUUUCUUCAAAAAAAGGACAGAACAAUUGAUAGACGGAAGAGACUCAUAAUUGCAAUGGAUGCUGCAUUUGGCAUGGAGUACUUGCACGGAAAAAAUAUUGUUCAUUUUGACCUCAAAUGUGAAAAUCUGUUGGUGAACAUGAGAGACCCACAUCGUCCAGUGUGCAAGAUUGGCGACCUGGGCUUAUCAAAGGUAAAACAGCAUACUUUAGUGUCGGGAGGUGUUCGUGGUACAUUACCGUGGAUGGCACCUGAACUUUUGAGUGGAAAGAGUCACAUGGUGACAGAAAAGAUUGAUGUUUACUCAUUCGGGAUUGUCAUGUGGGAACUACUUACGGGUGAUGAGCCAUAUAAGGAUAUGCACUGUGCUUCUAUAAUCGGUGGGAUUGUGAACAACACGUUGCGCCCACAAACGCCUACAUGGUGUGACCCGGAAUGGAAGUUGUUGAUGGAAGCUUGCUGGGGUUCAGAACCGGCGGAGAGGCCAUCAUUCUCAGAAAUAGCUCAGAAGUUGAGAAAUAUGGCUGCAGCAAUGAAUCUGAAAUGAUGCUUUCACUGAAGAGAAUUUGUAGACUUUUUGUGGGAGUACAAAGGUGUAGAGAGAAGCGUAUACCUCUUAAAAAUAAUCCAUAUUAUAUUACCCUCUUCGUCCAUGAAAUGCAAUAAUAUUAGUCUUUUGCUUGAUGGAGCGCAAUAAACACGCCUUCAGACAUUGCAGCUGGCUGAUACUGUGUUGGAAGAUGGUUGGGUGUGGAUGAUGCUUCUCCUCUUCUUCUACCAGAGAUGUGUAAAUAUAUUUAAGCAAUAUGGAGUUUCACGUUCCCGUUUAAUCCUCAUCGUAUCGUGUAAAUUUCCACAUUAGUGUAAAUUCAACACCCGAUUAUCGUCUUUGGUGCUCAUCUUCUCGAAAGUUUUGGUACGUAGAAGUUGGCAUGUUGCCAGAGAGUGAUUUGUUGGUUAAUAAAUUUUGUAGGAAGCCUUCUGGUGGCUUAGGAGAUAUACUAUUCUCUUUUGCAAAUAGGAUUAGGAAUGUUAUGUGAAGGCUAUUUAUAUUCCAUUACAUUUCUGGAUAUCAUAUGUCAAGACUCUGUUUUUCGAUUAAAAUUGAAUGAGGAAUGAUUUAUUUUCCUA